UCCACAAAAAAAUUUCGAGUUCUUCUAUAUUUAAACUGAGCCUUUCUUCAGUAUAUUUUGGUUCCAUAAUUUGCUUUUGAAAACUAGUAUUAUCACAUGCACAGCGCGGUUAAAAUUGUUAUGUUUUAAAAUCAAAGACUUGAGACGAUAAAUUUUCCGUCUUUCCAUACAUUUAUAGCAUGUGCAUGGAUUCCCAAUCAAAUUUUGCAAUCAGCUAGGAUGAAGAAAAUUUGCGAUAGACGAGAUUAUGAAACAGUUUCAGUUUAUGAACAGUCAUCCACACACACAAAAAGGCUAAGAAUGUCAACACAGACGACUCAGCAUGCAUGCGUACAAGCUUCAUGCUGAUCGAUUCAAUAAAUCAACCAUAUUUAAUUGUUCCUUCGCUGCUCGUUGCUUCUUGAUGAUUAUUAUUUUGUUAUUGCUAUAUAUAUAUAUACAGUAGAAUCACUGCAGCUACAGACGAUCCAUCCACAAUGCUGAAUAUAGCUAUAGUCUUCGUAAUCUCUACUUCGAUUUUAUUCCACAAAAGUCUAUGUUAUCCUUCCGGAGCGCCGUCUUCGCAAUGUGAAAGCAUGACACCAAAUCAUGGACCUGUUGCUCAAGCAGGAGCAAGUCCAUAUGAAGUUAAGGUCAACAGAUCGUAUUAUAUGCCAGGAGAAAAUGUCAGAGUUUCCAUCGAAAGUUAGAGUGAUAAUAUCAAAGGCUAUCUGAUUCAAGCAAGGCAAGUAAGAGGAAGCUCGGCGAUUGGAAUGUUUGCCUCAGCCCCCGUAGAUGGGAAAUACCUAAAUUGUGGCAAUAGCAAGGUAGAAACUGCAUCUGUUAAUCAUUUUACAUAAACUUUUAACUUGUAAGUAAACUAUGUAAGUAAAAUACCAUAUGGCUGAGACCCUUCGUUGGGAAGUUGGAUCCUAACGUCGAAUUUCUCCUUGUAUAUUUCAAGGGCCGGUUGUUCAAAGCUGGGUUAGCUUAACCUAAAAUUCAAAGCAAACUUCCUGACAGCUUGUCUAUAAAUUUGGAAAUAUUUCUUCAGAGAUCUUCUCUGGAUCGAUAGGCAUUUUCUUCUCUGAAGUUUUGAAAUAAACAGGCGUGUAGAAAUACAUAAACUAAAACAGCAGGUUAAAUUUUAAACCAGAGUUAGCGCUAAUCCACCUUUGAACGACCGACUCCAGAUAGUUGCUUCCCUAUCAACCAAUGUUUUGUUAUUAUUGGCACUACCAACACUGGCUCAACUGUUUGGUCAUGUGUGCUCUCGUGAGCAUUUACGGGUUUUGCCACUGCAAAAGCGAGCUGCUAGGGUCAUAUUCAGUAGAUGCUGACAUGCGAGCGAACAGUGCCGAACUCUUCAAAAAACUAAAGUGGUUGCCUUUUUUCUGUGAACGAAUCAACGAAUUUUCACAUUCAAAUAGCUAUAUUGAGAUUCAAAAUGGUUUUAGUUGUCUUGAAACCCGUGUCUGUGACACAGCAAAGGUCUGUAACACAGCGAGGUAAAUGUUGUUCGUCUUUGUUUGUUACGGAAAUACGUUCGUAAUCACGAAAUUGGCGUUCCCGAAACUACUGUUGAUAUAAUUAAAAUUGUGACGCAAUUAGCUCCGAAAUUAAAAUAUUUCACAAUAAACGUAUUUCACGGUCUAUAUGCUUGAUUUGUUGAAAUGACCAACAAUAGAUAUUCCAUUGUAGAUCGAGUGACAUGACUGUAUUCUUACGUCUGUUUUUUACUAAAAUGCUUCGCUGUAUUAUUAUUUUGCUAAACGUGGAAUUAUUUUGGAUCAACAAGCUAGUUGAGACGUCAUCAGCACGCUGAAAAUAUCAUGCGUGAUCAUGCACGAGUUUCGUAUAUCCUGUGUUAAUGAUCCAUAUUGCAUAAUUCGGAUAUAGUGCCUACAAUGACAUAUAUUAAAACUGAAGCCAUCCCAAAAGCUGGAUUUCUCGAUCCUUGUCAUCUGCUAGCUCUACCUAAUGCCUCUUUUCAUAAAAUGAGCCCAGCUCCCAGCCAUUCGAUCGAUUCUUAUAUAAGCUCCACCAGGAAAGUAUGUUUUCGUCUGGAUUGUAUUAUUUUUAUUUAUUAAACAUAUUUAGACACACGGUGGCCUUUCAGUUCCCUGAUUUUCAACGGACCGUGCGGUAUACAAAAGUAGAAUAUUUUUACCUAUUUAGGCUAUUGACAAUUAAUAUUUCAAAAUAUAGCCUACAAUAACUUUUCUAUAUAUACCUGUAUACGUAUACAUCAUAGUCUCUGUCUAAAUCGACAUAUAGUAAUAAUAGAAAUUACGGGAACCACUGAGUAUUUUGAUUCGACUAAACUAUAUGGUCAUCAUCAGGAAAUGAAUUUUUUAUCAUUCAUUUCCUGGUGAUGACUAUAGUUUAGUCGAAACGUCGAAAUAAAUUUUCAAAAUGCUUUCAAUUUUCGGAGUAUCUUGUAUUUUUAGUAAUAAUAGUGUAAGUAUGUUUAGCUUGUGAUCAAGCGCGUUGUUGUCUUGGUUAUCCUGAUGUUUAUAUUCAACCAACCUUUGAACAAUUCUAUAGAGAGUCUCUCGUAUUUGUAAGUUAUGUUGUAAACUAUUCCAGGAUACCGCUCCUCUAUAUGAAAAACUGCGUUCUAGAAAGUUUGUUGGUGACUUAUAUAAAUGAAGCAUCCGAUCAUUGUUUCUCAGUUCAUAGGCUAUAAGCAUGUUAUGACGAAAGAUAAGUACUUAGAAGUUGUUUUCCUUUAUGCCUUGAAUGUUAUUAUAGCUGUUCUCGCUUUUUAAGAAUGGUUUAAAUGGUUCCCACUUCAAAAUUUCAGAUGAUCUAAUUUCAUAAUUACCACGUGUUAUCACGAGCAUCCCUUUAAGUAGUUUAGAUAAUUUUUUGUGUGCGUGAGAGACGUUGCCAUCGUGCCAAACAGAGCAAGUAGAACAGUAAGUAAAGUGUGGAAGGACGAGUGAAUUGUACAUUGUCGAUGGCACGUUUUGUGCUACGAAAUUUUUUGCCCUUCUUAGUAGAACAAUGCUUUCUGAAAUUUUCUUGUACUGACCGUCAAGGUGUUCUUGCCACUUCAAUGCUUCAUUAAUAACUAUAGAAUCUUUUCCCGCUACUCUUUUUAUCGUGUGGUCUGCAAUCACGACAAGUGGGACAUCGGUUAUCUGUUCUAGUCGUUGUUGGGAUCCAACAGCCAUAAUACUCUGUUUUGUGUUUGCCUUAAAUUUAACGUAAGUUUGUUAGCUGUAAUCCGAUUAUGAAUGUUGUUAAGAUCUCUGUUGAUUUUCUUCCCAAUUUCUGCUCCUGAAUUUCCACGACUAAAUAAGUUAGUGUCAUCACUCAGCGAACAUUAAUGCUUGUGUUGUUUCUAUGUAGUUUGGCAGAUCGUUUAUGUAGAUUAGAAAGAGCAGUGGACCAAGAUUAGAUCCUUGGCGAACACCAUGCACAUGCAGUAAUUGAUGUAAACAUUUUUUUCAGGACUUAAAAAAAGGGUAAAAAAAAUUUUCCGGACUAACAUCAGUUCAGUUAAGGUUCAAAACAAAGUUUCCCUGAAAAAAUCUUGUUACAACAUGCUUAAAGCCUUUUUUUUGCACCAAUAUGUGCAAGAUUUAGGUUUAGAAAAUUUUUUCUUACACCAUUACUUAUAUCAAAAAACGUUCCAAAUUUUUUUUUCCAAAUUUGGGGACCACCCUAACACUGUACCUCUGAUAGGCCCUGUCAACUUAUAAUUUUUCCUAUUAAAAAGUCUCUACUUUUUCUUUCUGUUUCCCUGCUCGAUUUUUAUUUUUGCUUUUUCCCCCACCCCCUCAUCACAUUUCUAAUGGUCCGCCCCUAACUGUCUGUCAGCAGGAGAUAACUAAGAAAUAUCAAUUUCGGUUUUAUGAAAAAUGUCUUAAUUUUACUUUGUUCCGCAAAUCUCGCUCUUUCCACUCUUAAAUUGGGCGCCAUAUACGUUUGAGUCAAAUGAAACAAAGUCACGGGCCCACGACGACCGAUAGACUUCGCUGUUUUAUUUUCUCCGGGUGUAAAUAGCCGAGCGGAAUUAGUACCCUCGCCCUGCGGUUCGGGGACUGAUACGGACAUUUGUGGGACUUAUGGCCGUAGGCCAAGGACAAAUCAAUUAUAUUUGGUUGAAUUUGGAUGAAAUUGGAUCCGAAAUUAACCACAUUUGUCUUGCUUUACCGGAUAAAGAACACUAUAACAUGUAAUUACGUAAUGCAUUGGUUUAUGUAAGAUAUAUAUGAUUCUGUUCCGAAAUAUUACUUACUCGAACCGACCUGACCGCGUCGCUCAGUUGGCAGAGCAUUGGGUUAGUAUUUCCAAAGGUCGUAGGUUCGAUUCCCACCGUGGCCCGGCGUAUUUUUCAAGCUCGCCCUGUGUGGAUACUGGAUAUACACUCAGAGUAACAUCACAAACAUAAUUUAAUUUACCUGUUUAUCUUUGUGUACGUUUUUGCAGGGUGCCCUUACGCACAGUACCAGACUAAGCGUCAACACAGUAACUUUUGAAUGGGAACCUCCAGCGAGUCUCUCUGGAAAUAUUUCUUUCUUUGCUACGGUCGUGAAAGACACAGCUACAUUCUGGGUGAAACUUCAAUCAACGGAACUCUACAAGAGGGUAAGCGCUAUCUAUGAAAUCAGGGGGGCAACGAUUUGGGGCACAAUUGGGCAAGACCUUGUUAUUGCGUUUCCAGAAAUGCAAUUCUGCCGCGUAUUUGAGCGCCAGUCUAAGGGACAGACCAUUAUUAAUGGCGGCGUUGGGAACCACAAAGAAAGCGAGAGGAAAAAUCUUAACCCGACCGACCUCUUCUAAAAUUAAUUUUCCAUGAUGCAUAACAAUUUUGGUUCUAAACAGAUAUAAAAUCCAUUGAAUAACAAUAACGUUGUCUAUAUGCAUAUUAACCGGAUGACUCUUGCAUAAGCCAUGGCAAUCUGGUGCGUGCCACUGACAAAAAAUUACUGCGUUUUGGAAGUGAUAUUAAUCUUGCACUGUAACUGUUCAGCUUCGUUAUUGUACUAUUUAUCUAAAAUUAGAUGAUACUAACUUUGCAAUUGAUUUAUAACGAAAAUAAAAACAGGUAUUUGACAGCACUGUUCUAAUAUCCAAAAUGUAAAUGUAGAUUUAAGUUAAUUAGUAUAGAUAAUAGCAUGGUUUCGAGUGCAAUUUGGAUAUAACAUGCACGAGUGAGUUUUUCAAAGACCUCAAAAUAGCACGAGUCCGAAGGACGAGUGCAUGUUAUAUCCAAAUUUCACGAGAAACCAUGCUAUUACUUAAUUAUUAAUAAUUUACAUAAAAAUGUUCGAGACAAUUGUAGUUUUAUCUUAUGCGUUUAGCGAACAUAUUCCACUGGCAAAGUUUUCCUGGCUUUGUUAUAUCACAUUAUACAACGCUAACAGCUUGAAAAUUCCACUCAACUAUGUAAUUUUUGUUAGUCUUGUUUAAGAUAAAUGCUUUUCCAUUUAAAAAUAAAGAUAAAAGCCAUAUUUUCCACGCGAAGGCAACUUUUACAUUGUGUAGCGCGGCGCAAUGUUUGUUUUGUUUUGAGGCAAUCUGUGACCGUUACUUCUUUAAACUAAAUUGCUUUAAACUGAUUGGUUGAUUUAUUCAUCACAAUGUUUUUCCACCAAUCAGAUAAGUUUUUUACAGAUUUUUGCACUGUGAUUACGGAAAAUUGCACUGUGAUUACAAAAAAUUGCACUGUGAUUACAAAACAUUGCACUGUUUGGGGUUAACUGCACUGAAAUCAACCAAUUACAGUGGAGUAAUAUCUAAUUUAUGUAUAUUAUUAUGUAUAUAAUGGUCUGCUGAAAACACAUGCUAGUUGUUAAAUGCUCCUGCAAAGGUAAAUGAGAGCUGAUGAUUUCACUGUGAAAACGACAUUUGGAACAUAGACAAUGAAAUGUGCACUAGCAAUUAUUCUGCUGAAAGCAGGAUUGGGCAAUUUGAUCGAGCGACUGGGAUAAAAAAAACCUAUGAUUUGAGUAAGAAAAUGGAGAAGAAACCCUCCAUUGACAACGUUAACGUUUCUGGGCCGCAUUUUACUCAUUACUUAUUUUUAAAAAUAUUAUCCGAUUUAAAAACAUUUUUACAGAGAAUCAAUGAGCUCCUUGAAACAUAUACUUUUCAACUACCAGAACUUACUUCGUGUAUGUCUAUUAUUAAACCUACCGCAUGCAGUACCCAGUGCUGUAUAACUAAAUUUACCAGCAUGAAGCCGUGAAAUCGAGCAUGAAGCCGUGAAAUCGUAAAAGAUAUGUGACGUCAUACGAUGACCAGGGACCGCGUAGGCAUUUUUUGAUCGGGGGAGGGGGUGGCGAACGCCAAAGUAUGAGCCUUCUUGGGGGGGGUCCGGAAAAUUUUUAAAUCUGAGACCUCUCUAAGCUCCGGAAUUGCAAUAAAACCUUCUAGUUUCGCUUAAAAAUGUUUCUUCAAUGACUCUUAAGCAAGCCAUUAUAUAGGGGUAAAAUUUAUUCGCUUAGUACAUUUUCAUUGAAUAGAUUUUUUCUUCGAAAUUUAAUGCCGUAUGUAUUUAAGCGUAAUUUGCAUUUUCCAUACUUAUCAUCCCUACUUUUCUUAGAAAUGCUUUUCUGGAAAGUGCGAGCCCACUAAUACAUAACAAGAAAAUAAUAAAUGAAACAAACACCUGUCCAGUGUACUAAUGUAGCUGAACUAAUCUACAUAAUUAUGUGCAAGGAAUAAAUUAACGUAUUUUAAAAAGUCUAUGAUAGUCCAAACUGAUUAAUCCUGCUGAAGUUUUUUAAAAUCAAAAUUAUGUUGAGAUUGCAAAAGAGAUCCUGGGGGGAGGGGGGGGGAGACUAAAGCCCUCCAGGUCCCCCUGCUCCGCGGUCCUUGAUGACGUCAUAAAUAUUCGAAAAUACACAGUAUAAAUGCAUAAUUAUAUGAAAUAUUGAAACAAGAUAAAGUAUCGAUUUAUUAAGGACGCUAUUUUAGUAAUUUUGAUUCUCCUUCAUGAAAAAGUAGUCAAGUUUUGUUUAAUAGUGUUCUUAAUAAAUUCUCGAUUUUCUAAAGUAGAAGGGGGGAUCAGCCCCCCCCCCAAUAACUUGAAGAAGGGUGCUCCGCCCGCAAGCGACCCCCCACUUCUACAGCACUGGCAGUACCCCCAUUUGCGUUGGGUAACGGUCAUGCGCGCCGGCCAUAAAAUACACAAGAAACGCAGGUAUUCAUCCUCCUUGUACAAUUUUUUACAUUAACAUAGAAUAUAUCAUUCUCACAAAUUUUAUGGUUUUAUUUUGAAAAGGUACUAUAGGAAUCUCAAAUCUGAAGUUUGUUUAAAUAUACGAUUAUUCACUGCAAAUAUUUUAAAAAAUCAACCAUUUUGUUACUAAAAAUAGACCAAAUUAGCGAAUUUGUCGAAUUUUGAAUUGUUAUAUCUUUGCCGUGAAUAAUUGCACAUUUAAAAAGACUACAGUAUAUUAUUUCUAUAAUAUGUUCUUCUAAAUAAAAUCAUCAAAUCACCUAUGCGUGAUUAUUCACUGCAAAGAUAUAUAGCGAUUCAAAGUUCGAUAAAUGCGCCAAUUUGCUCUGCUGUAUUUUAGUAAGAAAUGUUUUGCGCCGAGUUUGUGACAAAAUACGGAAUUCCGAAAACGAAAACAACAAAUUUGUGAGAAUGAUAUGCAGCAUGUUGAUAUGAACAGAAUGAAACUUACGGAAGCUACAACAGCACCUGCGCUACUUCUUGAGUAUUUUACAGCCGACAUGUACAAGCUUUCACGAAGUGCAAGCUUUAAUAAAUAUACAUGACGUACUUGCCCAAAUGCCAGGUAUUUAUAAGUAGUAUUUUAUUAUUUUGUGUGUAAUUGGGGGGCAAUAGUUAAGAAAUUCUAUUACUCAAUCUAUUCUUCUAGGAAAUGCAGCCAACCCAAUCAACCCAAUCGUCUGCAACCACGGAACAAACACAAGGUUCCACAACUCAACCAUCAGUGGCUAGUACGCAUCAAGAAACUAGCUCUAAAAGCACGGACACAACUAUGUCAACUGCGGCAACAACAAACACAGGCAACACGAGCACAACUAUGUCAGCGAUGUCAACUGCAACCACAACACACAUGGCCAACAACACAUGCAAACCCAAUGAUUCCAAAUGUGAUGGAAUUCAGUUGAAUCACAAUGCUCUUUUUUUAUUCUUCGUUGGGUUAAUUCUCCUAUUCUGGCAAAAUGUCAUGUAAUCUUAUACCAUAUAAUUGUACUCCUCACUUAUUUCAUGCAGUUAUAGUACUCUUCUGCACGGGAUGCUCAGUUUCUUCACAGACCGAUCAGCAUCGUAACUUUAAACUUGAAAAAUAGUCAAAAAUAGGGCACAAGCAACGAAUGGCAUGCACUAGAAAAACUAAGCAAUAGAAUCAAUUGUUAAAAUGUAUACUAAAGAAGGCGAAAUAUAAUUAUAGACUUGCUUCAGUAGUGUACUACAAAAAACAGCAUUACAUUCAUUGUGUAACUCGC